GACAAGGAGAAGAAAAAGAAGGAGAGUAUUUUGGAUCUCUCUAAAUACAUCGACAAAACCAUCCGGGUGAAGUUCCAGGGGGGCAGAGAAGCAAGUGGUGUCUUGAAAGGAUUUGACCCUCUUCUGAACCUUGUGCUUGAUGGUACCAUUGAAUAUAUGCGAGAUCCAGAUGAUCAAUACAAAUUAACAGAAGAUACACGUCAGCUGGGACUGGUGGUCUGCAGAGGGACUUCUGUGGUUCUUAUUUGUCCCCAGGAUGGAAUGGAAGCUAUUCCAAACCCUUUCAUUCAGCAGCAAGAUGGCUAAUGCUUUCUUUGGAUUGUCUCUGAAGACUUCAAGGGUGCAGAUCAUUGGAGAAAACUAUCAAUGUGUGAGAAGCUUCCUGUUUUGGGGGAGGUGUUUGAAUGUGUAUUUGUUAGUGUGAAAGAACAGUCAACUCUUAUUUUUGUGGCUUUCCAUAAAUGAUGAGAGGAUGGGGCAUGGUGUGUAAGAAGUAAGUUCUCAUUUUAAAUUUUUUUCCCCCAAAUAAAUGUGUAACUACAUUGUUUAGAGCUGAUAGGAGAGAAUAUAUUGUCGUGGAAUUGUCUGAAACCCUCUUGAUCUUGUGAGUUUUGAAACAACCACAUAAAAUUAGUAAAGGAUCCCCUGAAUAUUUGUUAUAUUAUUUACACUUAAAAAUACAUUAAAAAUGUAUUUAAUCUAAAUUAAUCUAAAGCCUAAAUACAUUAAAACAUAUUUUUCUCCCUCUUUGAUGUUGGUACUCAGCUGGGAAGCAUUGUGGGUUAGUCUUUGCGCUGUUGAGUUCA